AUGGACUCUCACACUUUCGGGACUCCCCAAGUUAUUAAAGAUUGGUUGGGCUUGUUGCAGGGAACCCCGGACACCAAGGAAAUCGUAGCGGCGCGGCGUGAGCGGACGAUAGUAGCGGCAGUCGGCGGCAACCUGGACGUGCUGUCUGCGGAACGGACGGUUGACUGGACGGACGGACGGACUGGAGCGUCACCAAGGGGUACGGUCUUGCUCCUGCUCAAGGUCGGCGGUAUCAGCGGUUGCAGAACGGUCUCGGAAGCCUCGGUUAAACUGAAUCAGAGUAAACGGCAACUUCAGGAAUCGAAUUCAGCAAAUCGCGGCGGUCACUUCGGAAAAACACAACAAAAUUACGGCAGACGCCCUAGCGAGAAUGAAACAAAACACAAAUCAAUUAGCGGUGUCUACGGGAAAUCAAAUGCUGAUUUUACAAUGGAAAGCUGCCCGCCGCCCUCGUUAGCGCUGAACGGUACACAAACGGAGGAAGGCGAUGUCAGAAUACGCGAUGAAUAUAGACUUAUAAGGGAAGUGAAAUUUUCCGGGGCUAUUGGUCCCCUGGGCGAAAAACGGCUCUGCAAAAUUAAAUGUAUCGGAGGACAGUGGGUCGGCCCUUUGUGCGUUAACGAAGAUGAACCAGAGAAUGGGCGCUUUCAACCCCUGUUCCGAAGUUGCAAACUCGAAUAUAUCAACCCCCAUCUGGUUGUUACCUUCAGGAACGUUUCCAUACAAACUGCAGGUUGGGUAUUUCCCCACGGAGCGAAACUUCAGAUACGGUGUCGCGAGCUGGGGCUGUAUAAACCCGUGGGGAUGGCCACUCCACGCUGCCAGAACGGAGGCUGGUCCCACAAACUACCAUCCUGCGUGCCCACGACGCUUCUCACAAACUUCACAGAAGACGCACCACCCACAAUCCUGAUCAAAAUUCCCUCUGGUUCGGCAUCGAUAGAACCGACCGGUUUGUUAGCCGUAUUUCCGGGUUCGACGCUUCAUCUGGAGUGCCUCUUUUCCCGUCGUCUCGGCUCACCCGAUUGGACAUGGACAUCGCCCUUAGGGCAAUAUUUAACAGGUAACUUUGUUUGCAUGAAAAUUAUACAACGGUAUCCGAACAAUGUUGCCAAACAUAAUUAA